AUGCAAACGUACAAAUUGCAUUCCCUUCCCGAUUACGUCGAUUCCAUUCGCCAAUUUGGCACCACUGACGGCACGAGCACUCAGAUGGGCGAAAGCGAGCACAAGAGAGCGAAACUCUUCUACAAACGGGUCAAGAAAGGUGAUCAUAUUCGAGGUAUCGCCAAACACAUCUACCGAGAACGUGUGGUACACCGCACUAACCGUGUCGAGAUACGCAAGCUGCUGCGUGAGGACAGGGAGUUACUGGAGCCCACUCCUCCUGAUUUACAUUAUCACAUCUCAUCAGACGUGCGUCGAAAGUUAGAUAUACUACCCUGGAUGUCACAAAACCAAAACGAUCCGGCGACAAGGGACUUUAUGCUUCGUCUCAAAACUCACCUUUAUGCCCGCUUAUCAGGGGUAAACGAAUUCAGUGAUAGCAUUGGUACCCAUGAGCGACUCCAAAUCACAAUACUCGGUGACCGAAUUUACGAACAUCAGGUUCUACGCAUCAACUAUACUUCGUAUGAUAUGCGUCGAAUACAAGAUACCUUGAAGCCAAACUCUUCCCGAUGUGACAUCAUGGUACUCGCUAGCAACAAAGGUGCAGAUCAGCAGGUUCAUCCUUAUUGGUAUGCCCGUAUCAUUGGAAUCUACCACGCCAAUGUGGUAAUAUCUACCCCUGAUGAUUACUACCGUGCCUCCAAGCACAAAGUGGAUUUUCUUCAUGUCCGAUGGCUGGGUGUUUGUGAAGAUUGCCAUUACGGUUGGAAAUAUAGAAGGCUUCCACAGUUGGCGUUUGGUGAUAUCAAUGACUCUGCGUCGUUUGGUUUUGUGGACCCAUCCCUCGUAAUUCGUGCAACCCAUUUGAUCCCUCGCUUCAUUCUUGGAAAAAUACCGACUCUCGGCCCAUCUGUAGCUUAUAGAAGCAAAGAAAAUAAUGAAGGGGAAGAAUGGGAGAGAUAUUAUGUCAAUUUUUUUGUGGAUCGCGACAUGGUCAUGCUGUACAGAGGGGGUGGAGUUGGCCACGCUAGCACGCGAGCCGCUACCGAUUCUCUUAGGCAAGACCGACGUGCAGAUGACAUUGCCUCUCGCAAAAAACGCCGCGAGGCACAUGAAGCUCCCGAUCCUGAUCUGGAACCAGAUGGGGCCUCAGACCAGGAGCAAGACGCUCAGGACCAGGCUGAAGUGGCACCUGAAAACAGCGCCGAUUCUGAUGACAAUGAAGACGACAGCGACCAGCAUACCGAUUCUGAAGAGGAGGAGGAGGAGGAGGAGGAAAGCGACGAGGAUGAGGACCGGGGUGACCUCGAUGAACUCGGGUUCGCUGAAUACUAA